AUGUCAUCAGCUGGGCCGCCCUACAUUUUUUUGGUGGGGUGGGUACCUGCUCUCACCGUUAUUGACCGUGGCACCCUUGCGACCAGGCACCCCGUCCCACACAUUCUUCUAGGAGUCGUGAUCCCCACAAUUGGCAUGGGCCCGGAGAUCAGAUGA